AUGGAUAAAGCUCGAAGUGGCGACCAAAUCGAGUUCAUCCGCUCCGACGGCGGGAUUCCGAAGUCCCCUGUUCCGAAGAUCGACAGCCCUAAAGACAUCUUGAUCAGGACCCAUGCGGCAAGUAUCAACCCAAUCGAUGUCAAGAAAGCCUCUGGUGCUUCAAAAUUGGUUUUUAAAGACAGUUUUCCAUACAAAAUCGGCUAUGACUGCGCCGGCGUCGUUGAGGAAGUCGGAUCCGAUGUAAUUCGCUUCCAGGCCGGCGACGAAGUCUUUGAGCAUGGAGCCAGUAUGCCCAGUCUACAGAAGACUGUCGCCCCGAAACCAGCUGGACUUUCUAUGGAAGAUGCAGCAUCGAUUCCCCUAGCAGCGAUGACUGCGCUGCAAGCUCUCCGACGCUAUCAAGGCACUCUUGAAGGCAAGACAGUCUUUGUUCCGGCUGGAUUAAGUGGCACUGGUUUAUUCGCCUGUCAACUUGCAAAAAAUGUUUUCAAAGCCGGCAAAGUAAUCACCACGGUCUCCACAACCAAAAUUCCCAAAGUCGACGAGCUACUCGGCCAUGGCGUCGUAGACGAGACGCAAUGGCCUAUCUCUCCCCUAAUGCGCCCGGAAACGGGCACGAUUGUGACCAUCUCUAUUUUGACCUCCGGAGAUGUUCUUCAGAACUCAAGCCUUAUGCGCCUAUCGCCUGAUCCAAGGGACAAGGCUACUGUGCCGUUCCCGCUGCGUUGCUCGUUAAAUGUACUUGAUCGGGUCCGUGUGCUGCGGGCUUCGCGGUGGAAGGUUAAGUACUUCUCUAUCUUUCUUGAGCCGAAUGCGAAGGAUCUUGAAAUGGUGAAGGGGUGGGUUGAGAAUGGGAAGGUGAGGACUGUGGUUGGGACAAGGGCUCAUUACAAGGAUGUUGGGGCUGUGAGGGACGCGUGUCAGAAGGUGUUUAAUGGGAAGGGAGGCAUUGGGAAGGCGGUCAUUGUGUUUGACUAA